AAAACGGCGAACUACGGCGGCGGCUCGAAAGUCGAGAACUCGAGAGAGCGUUCGAGACCCGAGAGUACAGCUGGAACACAGCUAAAGAGCCGAGGAAUUAUUAGUAGCGGUCGGCCGUCCGCGGCAGUGCCUCAUACGUCAGUCAGGAGUUGUCUGCAGCUUUGCACCCAUCCCAAUUAUUAUUAGUGUGCGACAGUAAUCCAAGCACGACUCGUGCCACAGACAACACACGCACCGAAGCUUUCGUCGUAUUGUGCUCUUUUAAAGCCAAUUGUCAUCACAGCUGAGUUAGCUUGCGGCCUUCAAAAUGUUGAAUCUUUGCAAGCAGUCGUUCCUCGCGAACGCCCAAAAAACGAGUGCGAGAUGUUUUGGCAGUGUUUUAUCUGUACCAAAUCCAAAAGAGUUUCCUCUGGAAAAUGAGCCGCUUUUGAGCUACAAAAAAGGGAGUAAGGAGCGAGCAGAAUUAGAAAAAGUUUUAGAUAAAAUGGCUGGCGAAUGUGAAGAAAUACCCUUGGUUAUAGGAGGUAAAGAGAUAAAGUCUGAUGUAGUUAAAUAUCAAGUCAUGCCACAAAAUCAUCAACAUAAAAUAGCCAAAUAUUAUUAUGCUACACCUGACCUAAUUAAAAAAGCUAUUGAUGUUUCUGUCAAAACGCAAAGAGAAUGGGAGCAAGUUUCUUUUGAAAAACGUUUGGACAUAUGGAACAAGGCAGCAGAUUUGAUGGCGACUAAAUAUCGGCAGCAAUUAAAUGCCGCUACAAUGUUAGGACAAGGAAAAACUGCCAUUCAAGCGGAAAUAGAUAGUGCAGCAGAACUAAUAGAUUUCUUUAAAAUCAAUGGAUAUUUUGUAAAAGAAGCCCUAAAAUAUAAACCUAUUUCACCAGAUCCUAAAGAAACUCUUAACUCAAUGAGAUAUAGAGGAAUGGAUGGUUUUGUUGCUGCUGUUUCCCCUUUUAAUUUUACUGCCAUUGGUGGCAAUCUUGCCUAUACUCCAGCUUUAAUGGGCAACUCUGUUUUAUGGAAACCAUCAGAUACUGCUGUUUUAUCUAAUUGGUGGAUUUACAAAAUAUGUAAAGAAGCUGGAGUACCUGAUGGAGUUGUAAAUUUCGUUCCUGCUCAUGGACCAGAUUUUGGAGAUACUAUUACAGCUUCUCCCUACCUAUCUGGCAUAAACUUUACUGGAUCAGUUCCAACCUUCAAUCGAUUGUGGAUGCAAGUUGGAAAAAAUAUUAAUAAUUACAGAAAUUACCCAAAACUUAUAGGGGAAUGUGGCGGUAAAAAUUUCCAUUUUGUACAUCCUAGUGCAGAUGUUCAAUCAGUUGUCAUGGGUACUAUUCGAAGUGCUUUUGAAUAUAAUGGACAAAAAUGUUCAGCUUGUAGCAGAAUGUAUGUUCCUGAAUCUUUGUGGAACGAGAUCAAAACUGGUUUAUUAUCUACUCGUGACAAAUUGAAGAUGGGUGAUCCGCGAGAUUUUUCGGUAUUCCUUGGAGCAGUUAUUGAUGCUGCAGCGUUUAAACGAAUUACUGGAUACAUCAAUCAUGCCAAGAAUUCCCCUGAUCUUGAAAUAAUUGGUGGUGGUCAUUAUGAUGAUUCGAAAGGAUAUUUUAUUGAGCCAACAAUAGUUCAAACUAAAAAUCCCAAGGAUAAAAUUAUGACAGAAGAAAUUUUUGGGCCAGUUUUAACUGUUUACGUUUACAAAGAUGCAAAUCUCGAUGAAACCAUGAAGUUAGUUGAAUCAAGUACACCUUAUGCAUUGACUGGAGCUAUAUUCAGCCAAGAUGAAAAAUGGGCAAAACGAGCUCUGGAAGAAUUCAGAUAUAGUGCUGGUAACUUUUAUGUCAAUGACAAGUCUACAGGAUCUGUUGUAGGUCAACAACCUUUUGGAGGUGCUCGUAUGUCUGGAACAAACGAUAAAGCAGGCGGCCCACAUUAUGCUUUGAGAUGGGCUUCACCUCAAUCGAUUAAAGAAACAUUUGUACCUCUUAAAGAGUAUGAUUAUGAAUACAUGCGUUCGUAAACUUAUUUCCUCCACAAGUGUGUCUUAAUUAUUGCAAUAGAGUAGUAUACAAAAGUGGACUUAAUGGUAAACUAGUAUUUUUUGAAUUACUUAACGCAUUUUAAACUAUUAAAUUAAAUAUGAAUCCACUUUGAUUGUACAAUAAUAUUCAGAAAAAAAUCUGGUUUUUUACAGACUAGAUAAUCAAAUUCACUCAUCUGAUUUUUAGAGUAUUUUAGUUCCUUUAAUUGCCAAGUGUAUUCAAUUUUGGGUAUUAUUAUUGUAAUAAAACUUCAAGAAAAUCUGUAGAUAAACAUUGAAUGCAUAAAAGUUUUUCUACCAUCAAGUGAUAAACUGUUUAAUAGAUCUGAAAAAUUAAAUUAAGAUUCUUUUAUAACAAAGCGUCUAGAUGUAGGUUGAUAAUUGUUUGUAAAAUGAGUGUAAAAAACUGUUACAGCAAUUACUUUAAAUAUUUACUUUUUCGUAUGAUCAAGGGGCACUGCUAGCACCUAUCUGUCAAGCUCGACAGACGAGCUGUAGUUCGGCAAAUACAUUGCAAACGGGUUUUUCGUUUGUAUUUACAAUAAUAAAGACAAAUAAUGAGACUUUUAUCGUUUUGCUUUGAGGAUGCGGCAUUUGAAGGCCACUGGUGGGCUUACUUAUUGUAAUGUUGUAAAAUUAUGUACAAAAGACACUGAUAGUUGAUAUUUUUAAAAAUCAUGUCAAGACUUGAGAUUAUCUCUCAACCCCUGUUAAGACGUUACCGACGUCGUCAUAGAAUCUCAAAUAAAUAGCUUUGUAAUAUAAUAUAAAA